CAGAGCUUGCCUUUCUUUGAAGAGGCAGACUAAAUUCCAAUAUUUCCAUCAGCCAUGUCUUUGAAAUCUCUCAUAAGUUCAUACUUGCAUCGCUUCAUUCAUGAAGAUUUUCACAGCCUUGUUGGUUCAAUGACGAUCAUCGACACUUUCCUUUUCCUCAUUAUUCACUCCAUUGAUAGGCUGGGAAUAUGGCACAAAUUACCAGUAUUUUUGGGUCUGAUUUAUCUAGCUAUUCGCCGGCACCUUCACCAGCAGUAUAACUUGAUCAACGUCGGCGUGACUCCAGCCAGUGUUCGAUUUAAUCCGGCUGAUUAUCCUUAUAGAACUGAUGAUGGAAAGUAUAAUGAUCCCUUCAAUGAAAAUGCAGGCAGCCAAGGAACAUUUUUUGGCAGAAAUAUGUUGCCCAUUGACCAGAAACUUAAGAUUCUGAAACCGGAACCUGCUGUGGUUGUCACAAAACUUCUGGCCAGGAGAAAGUUAAUAGACACUGGAAAACAACUGAACAUCAUAGCAGCUUCUUGGGUUCAGUUUAUGAUCCAUGAUUGGGUUGAUCAUUUGGAGGAUACUAAACAGAUUGAAUUGAUUGCACCUAAACAAGUUGCGAGGCAAUGCCCUCUACAUUCAUUCAAGUUCUUUAAGACAAAAGAAGCUCGCACAGGCUCCUAUGAAGUCAAGACUGGCACAUUGAACAUUCGUACAUCUUGGUGGGAUGGAAGUGCUAUAUAUGGGAGCAAUGCAAAAACAUUGCAGCAAGUGAGAACAUUCAUAGAUGGAAAGCUCAAAAUAUCUGAAGAUGGUCUUCUCAUACAUGACCAUAAUGGGAUUGCUUUGUCUGGAGAUGUUCGUAAUAGUUGGAUAGGUGUCUCCACACUGCAAGCCCUUUUCAUCAAGGAGCAUAAUGCAAUUUGUGAUGCUCUCAAGAAGGAAAAUCCACAUUUGGGAGAUGAACAAUUAUAUAGAUACGCAAGAUUAGUGACCUCUGCUGUGAUUGCAAAGAUUCAUACCAUUGAUUGGACAGUGGAGCUUUUGAAAACUCAUACAUUAUUGGCUGCAAUGCGUGCAAACUGGUACGGAUUGUUGGGAAAGAAAUUCAAGGACAAAUUUGGGCACGUUGGAGGAGCCAUACUGGGAGGCCUUGUGGGUCUUAAGAAACCUGAAAAUUACGGUGUCCCUUAUUCUUUGACUGAGGAAUUUGUUGGUGUUUACAGAAUGCAUUCACUUCUGCCUGAUCACCUUGCUAUCAGAGACAUUACUCUUGAACCUGGUCCAAAUAAAUCUCCACCGUUGAUUCAAGAGAUUCCUAUGGAGAACCUCAUAGGCAUAAAUGGAGAAAGUGUUCUAGCAGCGAUUGGAUUCACCAGACAAUUGGUCUCAAUGGGUCACCAAUCCUGUGGAGCCUUAGAGCUAUGGAAUUAUCCUACAUGGCUUAGGGACCUUGUGGUCCAGGAUGUUGAUGGCCAAGAGAGGAUUCCUCAUGUAGACCUACCAGUUCUUGAAGUUUUCAGGGACAGGGAGAGGAACAUUGCAAGGUACAAUCAAUUUCGUAGAGGUUUAAUGAUGAUUCCCAUAUCAAAAUGGGAAGAUUUGACUGAUGAUGAAGAAGCUAUUCAAGUGCUGAAAGAGGUUUAUGGUGAUGAUGUAGAAGAACUUGAUCUUCAAGUGGGACUCAUGGCAGAGAAAAAGAUUAAAGGAUUUGCAAUUAGUGAGACUGCUUUUUUUACAUUCAUUCUCAUGGCAUCUAGGAGGCUGGAGGCCGACAGGUUCUUCACAAGCAAUUUUAAUGAGGAAACAUAUACAAAGAAGGGACUUGAAUGGGUGAAUACUACAGAGAGUCUAAAAGAUGUGAUAGAUCGUCAUUACCCAGAAAUUACAAACAAGUGGAUGAACUCUACAAGUGCAUUCACUGUCUGGGACUCGCCUCCUGAAUCUCAGAGUCUCGUUCCUCUGUAUCAUCGUGUUCGGCGGUCAGCUUAGAAAUCCACGUAAGAAGAAAAGAAAUGGAACUUAUUAGUAAUAAAUAAAAUAUUUAAAUUUUUCGGCACUAGUGCCUUUGUUUACCAAAUACUUGAGCAAGGAAAUUGGAAUAGCUGGGAUUCAUCAAUGGAAAAAAUUUAAGACCUGAUCCAGAAGAUGAAAUGUAUGAGAAAUGGGUAAGAGUUGAUAGUAUGGAAACAUCCUGGAUCCUUAACUCUUUUUCUAAAGAUUUAAUUGAGGCUUUUUUUAUAUGUUGCUUCUGCUAA